ACUUUGGAAAAUAAAAACUAAACAGUCAUCUUCAUGUAAGGGCUCCCAGCCCCCAACAAGCCCCGAAAGGAAAAUUGUAAAUCUUAAAAUUCCCGGGAAAAUACCGCACUAGUCCGUUGAGAGACAGGCACUGUGCAUCUCAUCUCCUUUGUUUUCCAACGAGCCUUUCAUGUCCAUUCAAAUGUUGGCACCACCAAAUUAAAAUCGUUUCAUUCUUGUAAUUUCUGCCCUCCUUUCCAUGGCAACCGCGUCGGCAAUUCCACAGAAGCUUCCUUCCUCUCUUUCUGCUCCCCACCACUCGAAAAUCUGUUUUCCCUCUUGUCUCUGUUCACAGUUGAACUCCCAGCGGAAACCUCAAAAAACAUCACCAGUUGCUUUCAACCAUGUCGGACUCUCUUAUAAAUGCUUCAAUUCCCGGGAAUCGCCUGCACCCAUUAGAGUUCCUGAAGCUAAAUCGGCGUUCUUGCGAGUGGGUUCUUAUAAAACUUUCUCGACUCGAAGAGUUCCUACAAAUGCCAUGGUGACAGACAGCGGUAGCGCUUCCCCACCUUUCCAAACUGUGUUUGAGCUUUUGCAUUUGGUCAUUUCGCUUGGGAUUAUCCUUGCAAUGGAUAAAUUCCUGAAGCAAGCUUUUGUGGCGGCUGCCAUUAAAUUUCCAAGUGCUUUAUUUGGGAUGUUUUGUAUAUUCUCCAUUCUUAUGGUUCUUGAUUCUACUGCGCCCUCUGCUGCAAUGAACUUGAUGAAAUUCUUCGAGCCUGCACUUAUGUUUAUCCAGAGGUGGCUUCCUCUGUUCUAUGUUCCUUCAUUGGUGGUUUUGCCCCUUGCUGUUAAAGAUAUUCCCACAGCUUCAGGGCUCAAGAUAUGUUUCAUCAUAGCUGCAGGCUGGCUUGCUUCAUUGUCUGUUGCAGGUUUUACAGCUAUAGCUGUGAGAAAAAUUGUAAGGACAGAAAUGAUACCUGCUGAGCCUAUGGCAAAACCUUCACCUUUUUCUGACAUUGAAGUAUGGACUUGGAGUGGAGUUUUCGUUAUAUCAUUUAUUUGCGCAAGUGUAUUUCCAACAGCCUUGGGAACAAGUGCGAGAACAUGCGUUCCUUUCCUACUUGCAGCUACUGUGUUAGGUUACAUGGUUGGUUCUGGGUUACCUUCUGAUGUGAAGAAGGUUUUCCAUCCAAUUAUCUGCUGUGCAUUAUCUGCAGAUCUUACAGCAUUGGCAUUUGGUUACUUGUCUCGCUCUGGAUUUGAUACUGUUCUAGGAUAUUACCUGACAAAGGCUGCAUCUAAUCCUGGAGCUGGUGACAUUCUAAUGGGAUUUUUGGGUUCUGUUAUUAUUUCUUUUGCCUUUUCGAUGUUCAAACAGAGAAAGCUUGUGAAGAGGCAUGCAGCUGAGAUUUUUGCAUCUGUAAUUAUCUCAACAAUAUUUUCGUUGUAUUCGACUGCCCUCAUAGGACGGCUUAUUGGAUUAGAACCAUCUUUGACUGUUUCUAUAUUACCCAGAUGCAUUACUGUGGCACUAGCCCUUAGCAUCGUGUCCUUUUUCGAAGGUGCCAAUUCAUCUCUUACUGCUGCUGUAGUUGUAGUAACUGGACUAGUUGGAGCAAACUUUGUGCAAGCAAUGCUUGAUAAACUACAGUUCCGCGAUCCUAUUGCUCGAGGAAUAGCUACAGCCUCUAGUGCUCAUGGAUUGGGAACAGCAGCACUGUCCGCGAAAGAACCAGAGGCUCUACCAUUUUGUGCCAUUGCUUAUGCUCUCACUGGUAUAUUUGGCUCCUUGAUUUGCUCAAUACCAGAAGUGAGGCAAAGCUUGAUCGCAAUAGUUGGAUGAAUAACAAGAAGUUUGAAUUUCAAGAUGUACAAUUUGAGCUCUUCAACGGGACCAUUUAGCUCAUAUUGGGAGAGAGAACCCGUAUAUUGGCUAAUUUAUCAUUGAUUAGCAUUCGCUGUAGCCAACGAUUCCUCAGUUUGGCAGGGGAUCCAGAGGACUAUCAUCUACCCAUGUUUAUAUGGAACGUGCCAUUGAUAGUUCGAUUGUUCAUGAGAAACAUGUUAUGUAUAUGUGUGUGUAUAUAAUGGAUGGUCCAUUGCAAGCCUCGACAGAUAAUCCUUUGCCCUAGUUGCAUGUGAUGUAUAUUAAGUGGGUAUUUAGAGAA